GCUGUGUGAAUUGUGAAGUCAUGGAAAUCUUGAAGGAAAACAUAAAAGAAGAAAUUCAUGUGCUCAUGGUGGAAUUCCCAUCUCAGGGUCACUUAAACCCCAUGCUUAGACUAGGAGAACGCUUAGUCAAAAAAGGUCUCCAUGUCACACUGGCCACCACUGAAUUCACCCGUCACCGCAUGCUCAAAUCUUCCACCAUCAACCCCACCUUCUCCACCAUCUCAAUCUCUGGAGUCCAAGUUCGCUUCUUCUCUGAUGGUCAAAGCCUAUACUACGACCGCAAGGUUAAUUACGAAUCGUACAUGAAGAGUUUAGCCAAAUUUGGAACCAUCAAUCUCUCAAACCAUAUAAAGGAGCAUUUCCCCAGUACUGGUCACAAAAAGCUCUCUUGCAUCAUCAACAAUCCAUUUAUUACCUGGGUAGCUGAUGUUGCCAUCAAUCAUGGAAUUCCCCGUGCCAUGGUUUGGAUACAUCCAUGUUCACUUUAUGCCAUUUAUUAUUGCUUUUACAAUAAACUAAACUCAUUUCCUACUUUAACAGAUCCUGAAAUGAGUGUUGAGUUGCCAGGCUUGCCACUGUUACAUACAGAAGAUUUACCAUCUUUUGUUCAUCCUUCAAUUUCAUAUGGUAUCUUUCCUAAAUUGUUCUCAGAUAUGUUCCGAUACAUUAAGAAGUAUAAAUGGGUUCUCGGGAACUCAUUCUUUGGGCUUAAGAAAGAUGCUAUUGAGUCCAUAGCUGAUCUCUGCCCUAUUAGUCCCGUUGGUCCUCUAGUUCCUUCAUCACUUCUUGGUGAAGAUGAGGAUCACGAUACGGGUGUCGAGAUGUGGAAAGCAGAAGAUACCUGCAUAGAAUGGUUAAACAAGGAAGCCUCUUCUUCAGUUAUAUACGUAUCCUUUCGAAGCGUUGUUGUCUUAUCAGCAAAACAAAUGGAGUGCAUUGCAAAAGCCCUGAAGAACCGUAACAGUCCAUUUAUUUGGGUGGUUAAGCAACCAGACUUACCAGAACCUGAUGGUGCAGGACAAUUGCCGUUAGGAUUCUUGAAGGAGACCAAAGACCAAGGGGUGGUUGUAUCAUGGUCUCAACAAACCAAAGUUUUAGCCCACCCAGCCAUUGCGUGUUUUAUAACUCGGUGUGGAUGGAAUUCGAUGUUAGAAACAAUUGCUGCGGGCAUGCCGGUGAUUGCAUACCCCCAUUGUACAGACCAGCCAAUAAAUGCAAAACUUAUUGGUAGUGUUUUUUGCAUUGGUUUAAGGGUAUGUUUGGAAUUGUAG